AUGGACAAAUUAGGUCUUCCUCUGAGAAUGUUUGAGGCGGGUUCAGAACCAUCAGGGCGGAAACGGGUUAAUAACUACUUCAACCUACGGUGGAUUGACAUCAUAAAGAGUGCACUAGAGGAAGAAGACUUGGAAAUGUUGAAUGAGUCGCAGUUCCGGAGAGUUUUGCAGAUGGGUUCGCAUACUUUUUCAGUAAUGUUCCUCCAUUACUGCCUCUCACGUCAGUUGCUAACUGCAAAGGAGUAUGAACUUUGGUGGAUCUUCGUUGGAAAGCCGAUACGCUAUGCCAUACAAGACUUUGCUCUGGUCACCGGACUGAACUGUGGCGACGGCGUUGGGUUAACUGGAGAAGCCGCCGAGAAAGGUAUUGGGCGAGGGAAGGCAUCCGGUAAAGGCAAAUCAUCUAUGUCAAUAUGGGAUGAUUUAUUUCGUGGGGAGGAGAAGCCCACACCUGGAUGGAUCAUGGAGCGGCUUGUGAAGGGUAAAAAAUACAAGGAUCGGUUAACCCGUUUGCGGCUUUCGUUGUUGGUAUUGGUGGAAGGGAUUCUGUGUCCAACUUGUGGGACAACAAAAAUCAGACCCGAAAUAGUGAGCAUGCUUGGUGAUCUUGACGCUUUCAUGAAGUAUCCAUGGGGCAGGGAGUCAUUUAUACUGACUGUUAGAAGUACAAAAGCAAGAUCUGCUGUUAAUUAUGUGAAGGAUACAAUGGCCAUUCAAGGAUUUACCCAUGCGAUGGUAUUGGUUACUGUGACUGCAUGUCCUUCUAUCAUUAUUAAGACUGGCGGUGCGGAUCCUCUAGCAGAUUCCACCCUGUCGAGCGAAGAAAUUAUCAGCAGGGUUGUUGAUAGAAAGGUGGUGGUCAACAUUGUCUCGGCCAAGACGGUUGAUCAACUGGGACAGGCAUAUGUACGGUCUUUGAUUAGCACAGAUGAAGAGGGUGAGGAUCUUUAUCGUGGGUUGGGAGAUAAGGAAGAUACGAGUGUUGAUACCAUGGUUGCUUUGAUUGACGAUGAUUACCCAUUUGAGCAUAAUACUUGGUCAGGUGGUGUGAAAGCGGAUGAGGUUAAACUGAAGAAGGGUCAUGCACAAACUUCGGAGUCAAGUGAUGAAAAUGUUCCCGAGCCGGUUGAAAAGGAUAACGCUCAUCAUGGUGGCGUAGAGAGUGGUGGUUACCCUGGAGAUCCGAGAGGGAAAUCGUCAGCUAACCCCUCGGGUGCCCCGCAUGGUGGUGAGAGUUUCCAUUUUGAUGUCCAAACAUUACUUAGGCGUGCAGCUGACGCAUACGAGGAGAAGGUUAUUGCAAUGUAUGAGGGCUAUAUUCUGAGUUUGAAGGGCCAUUUUAAUUCUGAAGUGGGAGGCCUUCGAACCGACUUACAAGCAGCUACAUCCGCGAUUGCCCAUUUGGAAAGUAAGGUCACAGGGGAGUUUGAUAAGAUCAAUCAGUUACUGAAGUCUCGGCUUAGAGGUGCGGAUAUGGGACCAACGUAUGGGUUCAGUCCUGAGAGACAUUCGUCACCAUUCCCAGGUCAGAAUGAUGAUUUCAACAAUUCAGAGGUUAAUCCCGAUCGACCCACUACACAUACUGGUGCUCCUGAUGGUAUGGGUACCCAUACAAAGUUCGUUUCAACACAGCGAGAUGGAGAGGAUGUUGCAGGAACAGGGACCGCCUCGGUUGGUUUGGGUCAGAAUCUGGAUGAAGGAGAAAGGGGUGGAGGACUAUCUCCGGGUAAACAGACCGACUCAACUGAUGGAGUCGAAUUUAGAGCUGAGACAGGGGGUGAGCAUAGGGGAGAUGCUCACAUUGGACAUGACCCCAUAAACAUGGAGAAUCCCUCGCCUUCGGUAAACGUCGCAUCCCCUGACAAUGCUGAUGCCGCCAAUCCUCCAUCUCGUGUUGAUGUGGACCAAGUGAAUGUAUCAUCGGAAUGCCGCAUUGAUGACCCAUUGUCUGGCGUUGUUAAUAAAAUUCUAUCAGAAGCCGGCGUUGAUAAAGAUCCACUCCGACCCUCUACUGGCUCUGGAACUGAUGUACCUCAGACAUCAGCAGAUGUCAUUCCGGAGAAACUGGGUCUUGAUGGUGUGCAUGACGAUCGCGGUGAGGCUGCUGUUGGGAAGAAGGGUGAGGAUGUGGAUGAAGAUGAUGUUACAAUUACUAAAGUUCAGGUUGGACGAGGGAACACUGAUGCAGCCGGUGGUCAAGCAGAUGGUGGCAGACGUUUCAGUAGACGUACGCAUACAAGUACCAAACGCUACACUCCUCCUACACCCACCGUCCGUAAGAAAGAGGGAAACAAGAAAGUGCCACGUCAAAUGGAUGAUAAUGUUCCACCUCUUAAACGGGUUAAAAAGGUGUCGGUUGAGCCAAGUAACCCAAAGCCUCGCCUCAAGAAAAACCCACAUUUAUAG